GUUAUAUGUAUUAUUAUUUAUCUAAUAUAUAUAAAAUGAUAAAAUUUUGUUGUCAUUGUAUUUAUUUCGUCGUUCAUUAGGUUGAUUUUAUAAGACUAAUGAAUUAAAUAAGUAAAAGUUAAUGAAAUGUUGUAUUGAUCUCCGUAUACAACACAAUUUUAUUAUAUUAGUAUCAUUACACUUUACACCAUAAGUAAGAUGGAGCAAGAAAGAGAAGAAGGUGAAAUGAGUGACGACACAGAAAUGAUUGUUGAUGACGAUGAAGGACCUGAAUUAGUGAAUGAUAAAAGUUCUUUGUUUUACAAAGCAGAUAAAAAAGGUGUUUAUGUAGAAAAAUUAAAUAAAGUCGAUGCUACAAAACUAGAAGAAAGAGCGAAGAGAUUCGGUUUAAACUUAACUGGUAGCAAAGUAGUAACACCAAAUCAAAUAGAUCAACUAUACAGCAACUUUGGAAUCGAAAGUGGAAAUGAAAGACAUUUUCGAUUUGAUACACUUCAUUUAAAUGGUGUUAGUGGUUUGAUGACGAAAGAAAUUUUUGAAUAUUUGGAAGACUAUAAGCCUGUAUCACUAGAGUGGGUAGAUGAUGAUUCAUGUAAUGUUGUUUGUCAGGAUCACAUAUCUGUUGCGUUAGCCUUGUUAGUGCACUCUCGAGAAAUCACUAAUGAAGAUAUUAAGAAAAUGCUUUUAGAGAAAUCGUCAUACCAUUGGCGAGAAGGAUUGCCUCAUCCUAAAAAUGACACAAUUUUUAUGCGUUUUGCAACAAAUAGUGAUAAAAAAGUUAUUAAUAAAAUAGCAGAAAGAAAACUUAAAGAAAUUUACAAAUCAGAAAGUAUGUAUAACAUUUCAAAGAAUCCUUGGGGUGAUUUAUGUAGAUCUUGGGGUGUUUAUGACCACCAAGAAAUAUUUCAAAGAAAAUUACCAAAAUCUGAGGAUAGUUUGCAAGAAUCAACUGAAAUAAUACAAAUAAAAAAUAAGAAGUUAGCAAUGCGACUUGGAAAAAGAAACUAUCAAGUAGAAAAUGACGAGGACAGUAGUGAUUCAGAUGUAGAGUGGAGGAAAAAGUCUAAAACUCCAAGAAUGAGAAUGCACGCUGAUGAUGAAGAAUCAAAGCAAGUUAAAUAUAACCCUAUAAAUCAUUAUAAAGUGGAGGAAAAUGAUACUUAUGCCCCAUUGUCAAUUGAGGUUAUAAAUUCUAAAACUACAUUUGUCCCCAGAGAAACAAAACUUGUUUCUGACAAAUUUAAAUAUAAAGAGAAAUCUGUGAAAGGUUCUCAUAAAAAUAUACAAUCAAGAUUGGGAGUAAAGGUGCAAGAAAAAUCUUAUUCCAGUGAUGAAAGUCACUCUAAUGAAAUGGACUACAACAUAAUGAGCAGGGUACAGAAAGUAGCAAACAGUGCAAAAAAUUCUGUGUGGUCAAGAUUAGAAACAAGCACUCCAAAAAUUACAUCACAAAGUGAUUUGAGACAAAUUUUAACAAAGAAACAAAAAUCAGAUGACUUAAGAGAUAAACUUAGUAAAUCAAAGCAAUGUAAUUUACGUAUUGAAAUAGAUAAUAAUUAUGCUGAUGAAUAAAUCAAUUUCACUGAAAGUUUA